AUGGCGCUGCCCUCCAUCAGCUCCCUCGAGGAGUGCUCCGAAUGGGCCAAGGCCGCCGAGCCCCUCCUCCAGCAGCUCCUCGACCUGCCGCGCCGCAUCGUCGCAAACCCGCAGUCGCUGCCCCGGAUCUACCUCGAGACAAACCCGCUCGUCUCCGGCUUCGCCUUCUCCCUGCUCAUCGCCGUCGUCACCCUCGUCGUCUCCGAGUACCACCGCAACUACUCCCAGAUCGACCGUUUGUGGAGCCUGCUGCCCAACUGGUACGUCGUGCACACGGCCGCCUGGGCUUACCUGAACGGCGAGCCGUCGCAGAGGGUUGCUCUCGCCGCUGUCGCGACCACUCUCUGGAGCGCCCGCUUGACCUUUAACUACUGGCGCAAAGGAGGCUACGAGCGCGGAAGCGAAGACUACAGAUGGGAAAUCGUCCGUAAAUACGUCCCCGGCUGGGUCUUCUUUCUCUUCAAUGUGACCUUCAUCUCCUUCAUCCAGUCCGUCCUCCUCUUCGCCUUCUCCGCUCUCCCGGCCUACUCGCUCCUCCUCGCCAGCCGCCUCGAGCCCGAUGUUACGGCCGCCGACUGGUCCUUCUUCGCCGUUCUCGUCGGCCUCGUCGUCACCGAGUUCGUUAGCGACGGCCAGCAGUGGGACUACCAGACCGCCAAGGCCUCCUACAAGAAGUCCGCCAAGGUUCCUCGCGGCUGGGCCCGCGAGGACCUCGACCGCGGCUUCGUCGCCAGCGGCCUGUGGGCCUACAGCAGGCACCCCAACUUCUUCGCCGAGCAGAUGGUCUGGUUCGUGCUGUACCAGUGGAGCUGCUACGCGACCAAGGUGCUGUACAGCUACACGUUCGCCGGCUCCGCGUUCCUCGUCAUGCUAUUCCAGGGCUCCACCUGGCUCACCGAGCUCAUCACCGCGGGCAAGUACCCCGAGUACAGCGAGUAUCAGAAGCAGGUCGGUAUGUUCAUGCCCAAGUCGCUCUUCCCGUACACCAAGCCGCCGCCCAAAGUGAUCCGGACGAGCGAGCUGGCCAAGAGGCAGAGCAAGAAGGACAAAUGA